AUGGACUUUUCAAACUUUAACGGUGCCGAGCAGGCUCAUAUGACAAAAGUUUUGGAGAAGAAACAGAUGCAAGAUUUUAUGAAAUUAUACUCUGGUUUAAUGGAGAGAUGUUUUAUGACAUGUGUGAAUGAUUUCACUUCAAAGUCAUUAACGGGGAACGAAAUAACUUGCGUUCAAAAUUGUACGGAUAAAUUCCUCAAGCAUUCCGAACGUGUCGGAGCCCGGUUUUCAGAGUACAACGCUGGUCAGUUUCUCGGUUUCUUUUUCAUGGAAAAGUACUGA